GGACCAAUUUUGGGUUAUGGCUUAAAAUACUUGUUUUUUUCCUUUUGGUAACUACUUCUGUGGUUUUUAACAGGUACUGUGCAGAGCUCUGACUCUGCUGGCAGACGGACUCACAGAUAAAGGAUCAUCACAUGGAAUAAAACACGUAUCCUGUAUAUCACUUUGAGGUUGAAAUCAUCCUUAUUUCAUUUAUUUGUAUCUUUCAUUUAUUUUGUAAAUAAUUUUUAGUUUUUCCAAGAACUGAAACGGCCUAGCCAUGCUUCCCUUCUCUGUUGUCCUCCUGCUGUGUGCCACCCCUCUUCCCACCGCCUCUGUGGCCCUGCCCUUUGAGCAGAAGGGCUUAUGGGACUUUGGGAAGAGCAUCGAUGUAGAGGGGCUGAUGAUGAUGAUGAUGAACGAUGAAGAGGAAGGCUCAGCGGUUGAGGAAAACUAUAAACCAGAACAGCCUACUUGCCCAUUCGGCUGUCAGUGUAACCAGAAUGUUGUGCAGUGCUCUGACUUGGGUUUACACUAUGUGCCAUAUGACAUCCCCCCGGAGACCAGGCUCCUGGACCUUCAAAGCAACCAGAUCACUGAAAUAAGAGAGGGUGACUUCAAGGGACUCAGUAACCUCUAUGCUUUGGUGUUGGUAAAUAACAAGAUCUCCAGGGUGCACCCUCGGGCCUUCAUGCCCCUCAAAAGGAUGCACAAGCUCUACUUCUCCCACAACCAGCUGACGGCCGUGCCCAAGAACCUGCCCUCUUCCCUGGUGGAGCUGCGCAUCCACGACAACCAUAUCAAGAGGGUGGCAUCUGGGGCUUUCUCUGGCCUGGGCAGCAUGAACUGCAUUGAGAUGGGGAGGAAUCCUAUUCAGAACAGUGGUUUUGAGCCCGGAGCCUUUGAUGGACUUAAACUUACCUUCCUUCGCAUUUCUGAGGCAAAACUCACAGGCAUCCCUAAAGAUCUCCCUGAGGGUCUACAUGAGUUGCAUUUGGAUCACAAUCAAAUUCAAGCCAUUGAACUAGAAGACCUAAGACAAUAUGAGAGUUUGCACAGGUUGGGUCUAGGCUACAAUCACAUUCGUCACAUUGAGCAUGGCAGCCUGUACUACCUGCAAAACCUGAGAGAGCUGCAUCUAGAUAACAACCGGAUCCCCAAUGUCCCUGGAGGCCUUGCUGGAAUGAAGUACCUGCAGGUGGUCUACCUUCACUCCAACAACAUCAGCCAGGUUGACGUGAAUGAUUUCUGCCCUAACGGCUUUGGUGUCAAGAAGACUUACUACAACGGGAUCAGUCUCUUUGAUAACCCAAUCAACUACUGGGAGGUGGUGCCAGCCACCUUCCGCUGUGUCAGCAACAGGAUGGCUGUACAGUUUGGCAACCACAAAAAGUAGUACAUGAGAGGCACCAGCUGUAGGGUAAUACAUGCAACUCAGAUAUAAAAUAAAUAACUUUGUUACACAGUUAAAAAACAAUUUAUUGAUAGAAAGAGCCUGAUGUAUGGUAAAAGAUAAAUAACUAAAACAUAACUGAAGUUUGUUUUGCAUGCAUGGAGUCGGUGAUAUUGUAUAUUGGAAAGAAAUUAGUCAUCCACAUAAUUUCAAUCAACCAAUCAAAUGUAUUUUAAUACAAUUUUUUAAAAAUAUUUGUUACUUUCAAUUCAGCUGGAUCAUAGCAAUUUGGGAUUCUCUGUGAUUGUGUUUUUUUGUUUGUGUUUUAUCUCAAAUUACCUCUGACCUGACAACUGAUCUCAAAUAUUUGAUAUAGAAGAACAAUACAAACUGACAGUUGAAAGCACCUUCAGAAGAAUCUGUCUUAUAAAUGUUGUUGAAAAUA